AUGCUCCUCUCACAACCUCGGGGGCGUGUGCCCUCUGCUCUGCGGAGCUUGUCCAAGACUUCCUUUGCUCUUCGCUCCCUCUCAACCACCCUCCCCCGCGCAAACAAAACCCCCGCCGAAACCGACUCCGCCCUCAACAAAGUCUCCCGCCAUGUCACCCAGCCCAUCUCCCAGGGUGCAUCGCAGGCCAUGCUGUACGCCACGGGCCUGAACGAAGCCGACAUGAACAAAGCCCAAGUCGGUAUCUCCUCCGUCUGGUACAACGGCAACCCGUGCAACAUGCACCUGCUGGACCUGAAUAACCGGGUGCGGGACGGCGUGCAGAAGGCCGGGUUGGUAGGGUUCCAGUUCAACACGGUUGGCGUGAGUGAUGCGAUUAGUAUGGGCACCAAGGGCAUGCGGUACUCGUUGCAGAGUCGGGAUUUGAUUGCAGAUUCGAUUGAGACGGUUAUGGGGGGUCAGUGGUAUGAUGCGAAUAUCAGCAUUCCGGGCUGUGAUAAGAAUAUGCCUGGUGUGCUUAUGGCGAUGGGGCGGGUGAACCGGCCGAGUUUGAUGGUUUAUGGAGGCACGAUCAAGCCUGGUUGUGCCGCUAUGCAGGGGAAUGCGGAUAUUGAUAUUGUCUCUGCGUUCCAGGCGUACGGGCAGUUUUUGACGGGGGAUAUUACCGAGCCGCAGCGGUUUGAUAUUAUCCGGAAUGCGUGCCCUGGCGGCGGCGCUUGUGGUGGUAUGUACACGGCUAACACGAUGGCUACCGCUAUUGAGGUUAUGGGUAUGACUCUGCCUGGUUCGUCGUCGAACCCGGCUGAAUCCGCCGCCAAGGACCUCGAAUGUCUGGCGGCUGGUGAGGCCAUCAAGAAGCUGUUGGUCGAGGAUAUCCGCCCCUCGGACAUCCUUACCCGCCAGGCCUUCGAGAACGCCAUGAUCGUCGUCAACAUCACUGGUGGUUCGACCAACGCUGUUCUGCACCUGAUUGCCAUCGCCGAUUCCGUCGGCGUCAAGCUCGACAUCGAAGACUUCCAGAAGGUCUCGGACCGCACGCCCUUCCUGGCCGACCUCAAGCCCUCGGGCAAGUACGUCAUGGCCGACCUGCACAAAAUCGGCGGUACGCCCUCGCUGCUCAAGUUCCUGCUCAAGGAGGGUGUCAUCGAUGGCUCCGGCAUGACCGUUACCGGUGAGACGCUGGCCAAGAACCUCGAGAAGGUACCCGACUUCCCCGAGGACCAGAAGAUUAUCCGCCCCAUGUCGAACCCGAUCAAGAAGACUGGUCACAUUCAGAUUCUGCGCGGUUCGUUGGCGCCGGGUGGUAGUGUUGGUAAGAUUACUGGUAAGGAGGGUACUUCGUUCACCGGUAAGGCGCGUGUGUUCGAUGAGGAGGAUGAGUUCAUUGCUGCGCUGGAGCGCAACGAGAUCAAGAAGGACGAGAAGACCGUCGUUGUCAUCCGGUACACCGGACCCAAGGGUGGUCCCGGCAUGCCUGAAAUGCUCAAGCCCUCCUCUGCCCUCAUGGGCGCCGGCCUCGGCGACUCCUGCGCGCUCAUCACCGAUGGCCGUUUCUCCGGCGGUUCUCACGGUUUCCUGAUCGGCCAUAUCGUCCCCGAAGCCGCCGUCGGCGGACCGAUCGGUCUCGUCAAGGACGGCGACGUGAUCACCAUUGACGCCGAGAAGCGCAUUCUGGACCUCGAUGUUGAGGAGCCGGAGCUUGUGGAGAGACGGAAGGAGUGGGAGGAGAAGAAGGCGGCUGGCCAGUUGCCGCCUACGGGGUUGACGAUGAGGGGGACGCUCGGGAAGUAUGCUCGGACUGUUAAGGAUGCUAGUCACGGGUGUAUUACGGACUCUGUGGAGUAA